GGACCGAACAGUUUUGACGUCCCAACUAUUGUGCACCCAGCUCUGUUCUUGAGCGGGCUCAUGCCCACGAGCAACGCGACCUUGUUCUACCAGGGAAACGAGGAGAGCCAGCUCAGCAACAGACAGCUGAUUGUUCCAUCGGGAGGCACGCUCGGUGGAGGGUCAUCGAUAAACCUUAUGAUGUACUCGAGGGCUCAACGCGUCGACUUCAACUCGUGGAACACGUCUGGUUGGUCAACUGAAGAAAUGCUACCUUACUUGAAGAAGCUCGAGACGUAUCAUGGCCCAGGCCCACAGGCUGUCCACGGCUUUGACGGUCCCAUCAAUGUCUCCGGCGGGACCUACCGUGUCAACAGGUCUGAACAGGAUUUUAUCCAAGCCGCAGGCCAAGUUGGGUAUCCCGAAAUUGAAGACUUGGCAGCCCUUGACUUCAAUAAUGGCGUCCAACGCGCAUUACGCUAUAUCGCACCGGAUGGCAAGCGGCAAGACACUGCCUAUCGAUAUCUCCACCCGAGACUUCAAAGCGGCAAAUACCCCAAUCUACAUGUCGUUGUAGAUUCCCAGGUGAAGCGGGUUCUGUUUGAAAACCAGAAAGCUUCCGGGGUCGAGUUUAGGCCUAAUCCGAAGGUUCACCUAGACACCGCCUCCCGUACCGUUCAAGCAAGGAAGAUGGUGAUCGUGUCUUGUGGGGCCCUCGGGACGCCAUCCGUUCUAGAAAGAUCUGGUGUGGGCAACCCUGAGAUUCUGAAAAAGGCCGGGGUCGGAGUAAUCGCCGAUGUUCCUGGCGUCGGUGCCAAUUACCAGGAUCAUCAUUUAAUGAUCUAUCCAUACCUGUCCAGCUUGAAUGAAAACGAGACUAUCGACGCUCUUGUUGGCGGACGUAUGGAUCCUGUUGAGUUGAUCAAGCAGAACGCCUCCAUCCUUGGCUGGAACGCUAUGGACAUUACGUGCAAGCUACGACCCACGGAUUCGGAUGUUUCUGCCAUGGGAUCAAAGUUCCAGGAGGCCUGGGACAAGGAGUUCAAGAACGAGCCAAACAAGCCACUUGCACUGGGGUCUCUCGUCAAUGCGUUCCCGGGAGAUCCAUCCACCGUCCCUGCCGGCCAGUACUUUGCCAUGUCGGUUUUCACUGGAUACCCUUACUCUCGUGGAUCGAUACACAUCACUGGGCCAGAGCUUGAUGACAGGCUUGAUUUCACUACAGGUUUCUUCUCCGAUGCCCAAGGUAUGGAUAUCAAGAAGCACAUAUGGGCGUACAAGAAACAGCGGGAGAUCUUCCGCCGGAUGAAGACAUACCGCGGUGAGCUGCCGGGCGGUCACCCGACUUUCGCGCCCAAUUCCAAUGCCGCACAUGUGCAGUUGGACGAUGGCCACACCGGAGACGUCCAGGACAUUAUUUAUACGGCAGAGGACGACAAGGUGAUUGAAGACUGGUUGCGUUCUCACGUGGAGACGACGUGGCAUUCGAUGGGAACGUGCAAAAUGGCGCCUCGCCACGAAAAUGGCGUGGUGGACCAGUGUCUCAACGUUUAUGGAGUGAAACGUCUAAAGGUUGCUGACUUGAGCAUCCCGCCUCGCAACGUCGCCGCGAACACCAUGAAUACGGCGGUAGCUAUUGCAGAGAAAGCAUCCGAUAUGUUCCUGGAAGAGCUGGGCUUGUGCUCAAAGGCUGGCCGCUAG